CAGGGUCGUGUGGCCGCCGCCAGCAGGUUUUAUCCCGCCUUGUUGCCCGCCCGCCAGCCUUGCAGCUUCUUCCCUUCCAGUCACCGUCGUCGCACGAAUCCAUACGCAUCCAUUGUUGAUAAAGGAGAGUCUGUAACCAGUAGCCCUGGAGCAUUCCUGUCGCGUUUCAGCGCGCCGUCUAGCGCUCCUUCCCCGCCCGUCCGUGCCAUCUGGCCAGAAUAGGCUAGUGCUGCCGCCUCUCCAUUCAGCUCUCAGCCCUAGGUCGCCUCAAACAAGCUUUAUAAUACCUGACGGAUUACCCCCCAGCCGUGCGCUUAUUUCCCUUCUUCUCUUUAUCUCAUUUCUUUGCUCCCCUCGAUUCCUCGACCAUCGCCAUCGUCCAGCCCCAGCCCGCGCGGAGAGAGCUGCACGUCAUGGCCUACAACCAGCACACCGGUUACGACCGCGGCCACGACGAAGACGAGGUCGGCCGCUCGCUCCUCCACGAGAAUCCCACGGGUGCCAGCAACCCAGAUCCAUUCUACGGCAACCCUGAUGUUCGCCCUCAUUCCACAUACAGUCUGACCGAGACGUAUGUGAGCGACAGGCCACCGCAGUACCAGGGCGGUCGACCCCAUGACGGCUCCGAUGUCUACUCGACCACGGCCGGUUACAGUGAUCCAGCAGCUGACUUUGGCGCACCCCAACGCGCGCCUUCGCCAUACCAGCGGAGUGAGACGAGCUCCACCGAGGCAUGGCGACAGCGACAACAGCCCGGUGGUGCCGUAGCUGCAGCUGGUGGCCUGAAACGCGGUCAGACCCGCAAGCUCAAGCUUGUGCAGGGCUCCGUUCUCAGCGCUGACUACCCCGUGCCUUCGGCCAUCCAGAACGCCAUCCAGGCAAAGUAUCGCAAUGAUCUCGAGAGCGGAAGCGAGGAGUUUACCCACAUGCGCUACACUGCUGCUACGUGCGACCCCAAUGACUUUACUCUCAAGAACGGCUACAAUCUGCGGCCGGCCAUGUACAACCGCCACACCGAGUUGCUCAUCGCCAUCACAUACUACAACGAAGACAAGGUGCUCACCGCCCGAACCUUGCAUGGUGUCAUGCAAAAUAUCCGCGACAUUGUCAACCUGAAAAAGUCUGAAUUCUGGAACAAGGGCGGCCCGGCUUGGCAGAAGAUAGUCGUCUGCCUUGUUUUCGACGGUAUCGACCCCUGUGACAAGGGCACCCUUGACCUCCUCGCCACGGUCGGUAUCUACCAGGAUGGCGUUAUGAAGCGCGAUAUUGACGGCAAAGAGACGGUCGCUCACAUUUUCGAGUAUACGACGCAAUUAUCCGUCACCCCCAAUCAGCAGCUGAUUCGCCCGCACGAUGAUAGCGCCAGCACACUGCCUCCCGUGCAGAUGAUGUUCUGCUUGAAGCAGAAGAACAGCAAAAAGAUCAACUCGCACAGAUGGCUAUUCACUGCUAUUGGUCGCAUCCUCAACCCAGAAGUCUGCAUCUUGCUCGAUGCCGGUACAAAACCUGGCCCCAAGUCUCUGCUCGCCUUGUGGGAAGGCUUCUACAACGACAAGGAUCUCGGCGGUGCUUGUGGUGAAAUCCACGCCAUGUUGGGUAAGGGCUGGAAGAACCUCCUCAAUCCGCUCGUUGCCGCACAGAAUUUUGAGUACAAGAUCAGUAACAUUCUCGAUAAGCCGCUGGAAUCGUCUUUCGGAUACGUUUCUGUGCUACCUGGUGCUUUCUCCGCCUACCGCUACCGCGCUAUCAUGGGCAGGCCGCUUGAGCAGUACUUCCACGGUGACCACACCCUUGCUAAAAUCCUCGGAAAGAAGGGUAUUGAGGGCAUGAAUAUUUUCAAAAAGAACAUGUUCUUGGCCGAAGAUCGUAUUCUGUGUUUCGAACUGGUCGCCAAGGCUGGCUCCAAGUGGCAUCUUACCUACAUCAAGGCCUCCAAGGGCGAAACUGACGUGCCUGAAGGUGCUGCCGAGUUUAUCGGUCAGCGUCGUCGUUGGCUCAACGGUUCGUUUGCUGCCGGUGUCUACUCGCUCCUGCACUUUGGCCGCAUGUACAAGAGUGGCCACAACAUUAUCCGCAUGUUCUUUUUCCAUGUCCAGAUGCUGUACAACAUCUUCCAGACCAUUCUCGCUUGGUUCUCCCUGGCUUCCUUCUGGCUGACCACCGCCGUCAUCAUGGAUCUUGUCGGUACUCCUGUCCCCGCGAAUCUCGAUACUCAAACCCCGGAAAAGAAGGCGUGGCCGUUUGGAAAUAGCGUCACCCCCAUCUUUAACACGGUCCUCCAGUAUCUGUACCUCGCCUUCCUUGGUCUGCAAUUCAUUCUUGCUUUCGGUAACCGUCCAAAGGGCUCCAAGUGGUCUUACCUGCUCUCCUUCUUCGUGUUCGGCUUGAUCCAGUUCUACAUCGUCGUCCUGUCAAUUUACCUCGUUGUUCAAGCCUUCACGACUCCUUCGUCGCAGAAACUCGAUACUUCGUCUCCGGAAAAGUUUGCCCAGUCCUUCUUCUCGUCCAGUGGUGUGGGUAUUAUCAUCAUCGCGCUCGCGGCUACUUUCGGCCUGUACUAUGUUGCCUCGUUCCUCUACAUGGACCCAUGGCACAUGUUCACGUCCUUCCCGCAGUACCUCUUGAUCAUGUCGUCCUAUGUCAACAUUCUCAAUGUCUAUGCUUUCUCCAACUGGCACGACGUUUCCUGGGGUACCAAGGGUUCCGACAAGGCAGACGCGCUUCCGUCAGCCAAGACAGAGAAGGGAGCAGACGGCAAACAUACCAUCAUCGAAGAGCCGGAUCUGGCGCAGGCCGAUAUCGACAGCCAGUUUGAGUCGACCGUCAAGCGUGCUCUGGCUCCUUACGUAGCACCCGUUGAGCAGAACGAGAAGACUCUGGAGGAUUCAUACAAGUCUUUCCGUACCCAUCUUUGCACGGCCUGGAUCGGUUCCAACGCGACUCUUGCUGUUGUUAUCACGCAAGAUAACUUUGACCGCUUUGGGUUCUCUUCAACUGCCUCGAGUCGAACCAUGCGCUUCUUCCAGGCGCUUCUGUGGGCUACCGCUGCGCUUGCUGUCGUCCGUUUCCUUGGUUGUCUGUGGUUCCUUGGCCGCACUGGUCUUUUCUUCUGCGUCAGGAAGCGAUAGACACAAGGCAUCCGCUGCGACUUCAACAAGCCGCGCGGCCACAGAAACGGCCAAAGUUGCAUGUUCCAGCUUUGUCUUUGAUUCUCUCAUCAUCUGUACUGGCGUUUAAUGAUGUCCCCGACUCCAGCAGGCUGGUGCUGCGCAGUCCUUUACCCCUGUCUCAUCUUGUUACGCAAUAACAUUUGCGGAUCAGCUACGGAUGAACGACUACUUGUACUACUCGUAUACACCAAUGUUCAAUCUCGCCGGAUCACUUGACGGAAAGUUAUCUGAGCAGAGGGAUUUCUUUGGAUUGGAUACACUGGGGUAAUAGGCCAUGAUAAUUUGUCAUUUUAGAGCGAAAUACCACCAAUACUCUACUUUCUCACUGCCUGCUUGGUUGGAUGCCUACGCGUUAACAUGGUCGAUGUCGUGACUCUGGGGCCUCUUGCUACACAUGGCUACUCUUGGCAAAGGACAUGGUCCCACGUG